AUGCGGCCCUUCAAGUGCUGCCACUGCGACUACACCGCCGCCAGGAAGGCCGAGAUGGCGCUGCACCUGCGCUCCCAUACCGAGCAUUGCUCAGUCUGCAAGCGCAUGAAGCUGCAUAUGCGGCCCUUCAAGUGCUGCCACUGCGACUACACCGCCGCCAGGAACAUAUUCUUAUCUAUGGCCAGGAAGGCCGAGAUGGCGCUGCCACCUGCGCUCGCAUACCGAUGCCAUCACAAGCAGCGCUCGGUUUGUAAGUUAGAGUUCAGUACUCCGCGGCGCAUGGAGCUACACAUGGCGGCCGUGCACGACAAGCUGCGGCCCUUCAAGUGCUGCCACUGCGACUACACCGCCGCCAGGAAGGCCGAGAUGGCGCUGCACCUACGCUCCCAUACAGACAGAGCAUUGCUCAGUCUGCAAGCGCAUGAAGCUGCAUAUGCCGCCCUUCAGUGCUGCCACUGCGACUACACCGCCGCCAGGAAGGCCGAGAUGGCGUUGCACCUACGCUCCCAUACCGGUCAGUGA